AUGGACGUGUAUGUUAAUUGCUGGAUGCACAACACUUGCAAAUUUGAUAAGUCUGCUGUGCAAAACAUGGAAAAACCUCUUCCCUUUGUUUUUCUUUUCCUACUUCAUUGCUUCCUAUCCUGCUUAGCUUGGACCCAGACAAACAUCACCACCGACAUAUCUGCACUUUUUUGCGUUAAAUCCCAUAUCACUUCAGAUCCAUACAAUUUCUUAGCUAAUUGGUCUGUCUCUUCUUCUCCUUGCAGUUGGGUUGGUGUCACCUGCAAUACUCGUCAUGGAAGGGUCCAUUCCUUGAAUCUUGGUGGCAUGGAUCUUGAGGGUAGCAUAUCUCCACAACUAGGAAAUCUCUCCUUUCUGGUUGAUCUUGAUCUCAGUAACAACAACUUUCAUGGUCAAAUUCCUCAAGACCUUGUUCAAUUACGUCGAUUGAGACUGUUCAAUUUGAGCUAUAAUGACUUUCAUGGACAAGUUCCAACAUGGAUAGGCGAUUUAUCUAUGCUUGAGCAGUUGAGUUUUCAAAGUAACAGUCUCAAUGGGUUUAUUCCAUUAUCUCUAUUCAAUCUAUCAAGGUUGGAGACUUUGGAUUGGAACUCUAAUAAACUUUCAGGAGCAAUUCCCCAAACAAUUUCCAACUUAUCUUCACUUGAACUGCUAGACUUGUCUUAUAAUAGUUUGUCAGGUUGUGAUUGGUUGCUGUGUAGGUUGUAA